UUCGUCAUGCUUAUAAUAAUUGGAUGGGUAAGGCUAUAAAAGAAUAUACACCAUUAGGUAAAAUCAAACGACUAUCAUAUUCAUUAGUAGCAAAUUGGAUUAAAGAAGCAUGGGAUAAGAUUGAUCUUAUAAUGAUACAACGGUCCAGUAUUGUGAAGUUUCAACAGAAGUAG